AAGAGUUUUAAAAAAAUAUCUUGCUAGCUUAUUAAAUUAUCACAUGAUAAAAUAAUUUAUAUAUUGACAAUUGAAAAUGAUUUUAAAAACAUUUACUACGAUAUUAUUUUUGUUAUGUAUUGUGCAGCUAAAAAAAUGUUAUGGCAUAAAAUUCUGGAAAACAAAAGAUGAAUCAUUAGAAAGAGUUUUAAAACUAGACACUGGAUUCGAGUAUCCUAGCUAUAAGGAUCUAUGCGAUUUGUCAAUGAAAAAUUUCAAAAACAAAAUCUUCGCAGGAGAUAAAUCAUUAAGAGGUAUUACGAGUUUAAUGAAAUCAAAAACGCACUUAAUACGGUUGGACCUUAUUUGUGGUAAUGCAUUCAAUCUUCUUCAAUAUUUGAAUCUUAAUUAUUUUUUCAUUAAUAUUCUGUCUGUGCAAACAUAUGAUUUAAACAGAAUUAUUUUAAACGAAUCUAUUACAAAACAAAUUUUAGUUAUUUUGAUUAAGUACAAUCCCAUAAAAACAUUUGACGUUUUUUGGGCAAUGCAUUUUUAUAAUUCUUAUAUUCGAUUGUUUGGUAAUGAAAUAUAUCAAUAUCCAUAUAAUAAUGUAGAUACUCACCUAACCCUUCGCUCAAUGUUAGUAUUUUUAUCUAAAAAUAUAUGUCGAAAAAAUAAUAAGUAUGACGUAAAGGGUAUUCCUUCAGUUAUUUCGGAACAAUAUUCAACUCUUAAGAAUCUUAUAGAUGUUAUGAAUCGAAGAAAAGAAAUCAACAAAAUUGUAUUGGAAAUUGAAGACAAAGAAGAAAGUGCAUUCUCAUUCAGAAGUAUUUAUAUGUGCGACAUAAUUGAAGACAAAGAAUUAUUGAGAAUUGCUAUAAUGGAUUUCGGUGAACAAAGUAAAGAUACUUUUGAUACUAUCUAUAAUGACAUACAUAAAGCAUACAAAGAAGCUAAGAAUUAUUUUAUGUUUGAUUUAUGGAUAAAACAAAUUGGAGUUUAUCAACAAAAAGUCUUAAACGUUUUUAAAACCGUUUUAAUGAAUUUAAUGAAAAAACACUUUAUCUACAGUUCUUUAAUGUUAGACAAUGAACAAUUAGAUUCUGCAAAAUUUUUCAUAGAAAAAAUAGCAAAUUCAUUUCAGAAUACGACUAUGUUAUUUGAUGGCGUAGAAGCUCAUGAUUUUCAAAAAAUUUUCAAAUCUUUUACAGAUUUACCUUUAGAUGAUCAAAAUUUUAGAAAUUAUCAUGGUAUUUUGAUUUUAAAUAUCGUACAUAUAAUAGAUAAAAUAAAACCGAACUUUUUUAAAAUAAUUUCAAAUGAUUUAAUUAAUGACCCAGACUAUGAAUCGAAAAUCAAUCUUGAAACUAAAAUGUAUAUUUCAAGAAAUGUGUUAGAUAAAAAUGAAUUAAAAGAAAUUGAAUAUUUAAGUUCAAUUUCAGAUUCUAAAGGAAUCAAAGAUAAUUUUAGUAUUUAUAAAGAGUAUCGGGUUAUUACUUUAAGAGAUAUGUGGAAACCAAGUACGGUCGAACAUUAAUAGCGAGAUUAGAAAAUGAUAAACAGCUAUGUUUGCCUAAAAUAAUUUCACUCACAGACGCUCAAAUAGAUGAAUACAAUGAAUCUCUUGAAGAGUUAUCUCUAAUUUAUUACGGAAAA